AUGGGAAGUAAACUGUCGCCGUUGUUAGAAAACCUCUUUAUGAGCGAUUUUGAAGACGACGCUCAGAAAGAAAAAUAUUUCCCACGUGUAUGGAAGCGCUAUGUAGACGACAUUUUCGCUCCGGUAAAAGAACGCUACCUGGACCAAACUUUGGAAAUGCUCAACUCUCGGCACAGCUCUAUAAAAUUCACAGUAGAGCGAGAGGAGAAUGGAAAGCUACCGUUUCUGGACCUAUUAAUAACCAGAAAAGAGGAUAGAACAUUGAAAUUCGGUAUCUACCGUAAACCAACAUCAACUGAUCGCUAUAUAACAUCGGAUUCGAACCACUUUGGCGGUCAAAAGCAGGCGGCCUUCCAUUCAAUGGCCCAUCGCCUGUAUAAUAUACCGAUGGAAAACGCAGAGUUUGCCGAAGAAAAAGAGCAUAUUCACAGAGCGGCCGAAGUAAAUGGAUACGAAGAAGGAUUCGUGAAUAAAAUCCUACAAACACACCGACGCAAACGACAUAGACGAAUGUCAACAACGCUGCAACCAGAACGAGAAUAA